GGCGCCGCAGCAUGUGAGCGGUGCGGCCGCCCAGGCGGGAGGCUCGGCCGGCGGCUCCCGGGCAGGGCGGCCCCGCUGCCCCCCGCGGGGCGCGGCCGGGGGGCGGCGGCGGCGCUCGUAGCGGCGGGGCCCAGCAUGCCGCGCUGCCGGAACUGCUGCCCGGCGGAGCGCUCGGUGGCGGAGCGCUCGGUGCCGGCGCGGCGGGCUGCCCGCGGCGGCUCCCCCCGCCGCUCGGGGCCGCUGCCGGCCGCGGCUCGGGGGGCGGCGGGGCCCGGCAUGGCGCGGCGCUGCUCGCCCUGAGCCCGGCGCGGCGGGGAGCGCCCAUGGCGCGGGGGCGCCGGGGGCCGCGGCUGCACGGGCUGCGGCACAUGUGCUCGCGGCGGGCGGCGCUGCCGCGGCGUGCGCUGUGGGUGCUGGCCUUCUGCACGGCGCUGGGCUUGCUGCUCGCCUGGUCCUCCAACCGCCUGCUGCACUGGCUCGCCUUCCCCUCGCACACCCAGGUGCGCACCGAGUGGAGCCGCCAGCUGCCCUUCCCCGCCGUCACCCUCUGCAACAACAACCCGCUGCGCUUCCCCCGGCUCUCCAAGGGGGACCUCUACUACGCGGGGCACUGGCUGGGGCUGCUGCUGCCCAACCGCACCGCCCGCCCGCUGCUCACCGAGCUGCUGCGCGGCGACGAGGCGCGGCUCCGCUGGUUCGCCAAACUGGCCGAUUUCCGCCUCUUUCUGCCCCCCCGGCACUACGAGGGCAUCAGCGCCGACUUCAUGGACCGCCUGGGCCACCAGCUGGAGGACAUGCUGCUCUCCUGCAAGUACCGCGGCGAGCUCUGCGGGCCCCACAACUUCUCCGCGGUGUUUACAAAAUAUGGGAAAUGCUACAUGUUUAACUCAGGAGAAGAAGGACGGCCUCUUCUUACCACAGUUAAGGGUGGGACAGGCAAUGGACUGGAGAUCAUGCUAGACAUACAGCAGGACGAAUAUUUGCCAAUAUGGGGAGAAACAGAGGAGACAACGUUCGAGGCUGGAGUCAAAGUCCAGAUCCACAGCCAGUCCGAGCCACCCUUCGUCCAGGAGCUGGGGUUUGGGGUGGCUCCUGGAUUCCAGACCUUUGUGGCCACCCAAGAGCAAAGGCUGACGUACCUGCCUCCGCCAUGGGGUGAAUGUCGCUCGUCGGAUAUGGGCUUAGACUUCUUUCCCGUUUACAGCAUCACGGCUUGCAGGAUCGACUGCGAGACCCGGUAUAUUGUGGAAAACUGCAACUGCAGAAUGGUUCACAUGCCAGGGGAUGCUCCCUUCUGUACCCCGGAGCAGUACAAGGAGUGCGCAGAGCCUGCGCUCGGUUUGCUUGCUGAGAAGGACAGCAAUUACUGCAUCUGCAGGACACCCUGUAACCUGACGAGAUACAACAAAGAGCUCUCCAUGGUCAAGAUCCCCAGCAAGACCUCGGCCAAGUACCUGGAGAAGAAGUUCAACAAGUCAGAAAAAUACAUCUCAGAGAAUAUUCUUGUGCUGGACAUAUUUUUUGAAGCACUCAACUAUGAGACAAUUGAGCAGAAGAAAGCCUAUGAAGUGGCAGCCUUACUUGGUGACAUUGGAGGCCAGAUGGGGCUAUUUAUCGGUGCUAGCAUCCUCACUAUACUAGAGCUCUUCGAUUAUAUAUAUGAGCUGAUCAAGGAGAAAUUAUUAGACCUACUGGGAAAGGAGGAAGAGGAAGGGAGCCAUGACGAAAACGUGAGCACUUGCGACCCCAUGCCAAAUCAUUCGGAAACCAUCAGCCACACUGUGAACGUGCCGCUGCAGGCCACCCUGGGAACGCUGGAGGAGAUUGCCUGCUGACACCGUCCGACCGCUCCACAGUGCCAACACCUAAGGAAGGAAAACUGCACAGGAAAGCAGGGACCGAGCUCAGGUUUGCAACAGGGGCAAAAAAAAAAUAUUAUAAAAAUAUAUUAAAAAAUAAAAAGGAAGAAAAUUGCUAUGCAUUAAAAAAAAAAUAAUAUAUAUAUAUAUAUUAUAUAUAUACACUCUGCCAAAACCAAGCGAGAGGCGCCUUGGACUUGACUUGUGUUGUCCUUUCCUGUGGGGGGGUUGUCUUCAAGAUGUGAAGGCAGCAGCUCAUUUUUGAACUGUACAAAACAAAGAGACCACCACCAAAACCAAAACCGAAGCCCCGCCAUUUCUCAUACUGCCAAAUGUAUAAAGCACUUGCAUGCCAGUUCUUUUUACGGCGAUAUAUUCCUAUCUGUCUUUAUAAGCUCUGUUCCUCUUUACAGUCUCUGAUUUUCACUACAAGAAGGAACUCGCGGGCCCAGCCAUCCCCUGAAAUCACCAUUACUAACGUCGUAGGCUGAAUUAGAAUAAAGAAACAAAAAGUCGCA